AUGGGUGACGAACUCCACCACCACAGACAUCAUGCCCCAACCAAUUACGGCAUGGUCAGCGCUCCGCACGGUCCCGAAACUGGUGACGAUCACGCUUCCUUCACCAACCAGCCAGGCACCGACAGAGAUCUAGAGACAGCAAUUUUCAAGUCCCUCUUGUACCCCUCUGAUACCUAUACCACCGAUGGCGUCUACUGGGCUGAUCUACCCUUCUGGAAGCAAGUCGCCUUCAACAAUAAAGUCGAUAGUGAUGAAGCCAAGAAGGAGCUGGGUCAGAUUGGAGCAAUGAUGAAGAAGGAUCCUCUGAGCCCUAUUGUUUGGUACUUUAAGAACGCUGUGCUUCCUGGAGCUGGUCUCGGUCUGGAAGGUUACGUCCUGUUCUCUAUUGGUAACUUGACACCCCUUUUCCAAGGAGUCUGGAAGACCUGCUGGAAGACCUUUGAGGUUUGUAAUGAAACCUGGAUUAAUUCUGUUCAAUACCUCGAGGUUUGCGGUAUCAUUGUUGGUCAGAUUCUUGUUGGUAUUAUUGGUGACGGUAUUGGCCGUCGCUGGGGUCUUAUUCAAGAUGCCCUUAUCAUGUUUGUUGGCCUCAUCAUGCUUACCGCAUCCUGGGGUACUACCUUGAACGGUUGGGUCAUCUGUUACGCCUGGUCGCUCUUCUUCUACAGUAUCGGUGUUGGUGGAGAAUAUCCCAUGACUGCUACAGCCGCCAUGGAAAAUGCCACAGGUUCCGGCAAGAUCUCUACCAAGGAAGAUCGUCUUCAUCGUGGUCGCAAGGUCACUAUGGCUUUCUUAAUGCAGGGAUGGGGACAAUUCUUCAACCAAGUUAUCCUGAUCAUCGCCCUUUUCAUCUUCCACCACGGCAGUGCCAAGCCACCAUACUCGGAAGUUGCAGCUCAAUGGGUUUACCGGGUUUCUUUCGCAAUUCCUGCCAUUGGUACCCUUUGGCUCGUCUACUACCGUUACUACAAGAUGCCUCUUGCUUCCAAAGCUUUGGACGCAGCCAAGAAGAAGGCUAGCGUAACUGGAUACGAUGUCAAAUCUUUGAAGCUAACUUGCAAUCACUUCGGCGGACGUCUUAUUGCAACUGCUGGCGCAUGGUACUGCAACGACGUCUUCUUCUACGGCAACAAACUCUUCCAAUCUCAAUUCAUCUCCGUCCUCUCCCCAACCCCUAAAGGACACCCGACCAACAUCAUGACCGGCUGGCUCUGGAACCUUGUCAACGUCGGAGUCUCCCUCUGCGGCUACUACCUCGCAUCCUUCCUCAUUGACAACAAAACCGUCGGUCGCAAACGCAUGCAACAACUCGGCUUCGCCAUGGACUUUGUCCUCUUCCUCGUCCCCGCUCUACACUACAACUACUACGCUAAAGAAAAAGCCCAUAUCCCAGCCUUCCAAACAAUGUACUUCCUCUCCUCCUUCUUCAACCAAUUCGGUCCCAACUGCACUACUUUCCUGGUCGCCGCCGAAGUAUACCCCACUCCCAUCCGCGCCUCCGCGCACGGCUUCUCCGCCGCAUGCGGAAAACUCGGCGCGCUGACCGCUGCCGUGCUGUACAGCUAUAUCGAAGAUAAAACGAAAUUCAUGGUCGUGCCUUGGUUCGGUCUCGCCGGCAUGAUCAUCACGGCCGUCUUCCUCCCAGAUACCACGGGCCUAGAUCUCAAAGAGCAAGAGCGCCGCUUCAAGUACAUCCAAGAGGGCCGCGAGACGGAAUACCACGGCAUCGCCAUCAACCCGCACCAUCUGUCCUGGUGGGAGCGCAUACGCGGCGUCGGCAAGCAUUAUAAUCCGGCGAUGGAUUACGAGAGUAAGAUGGCUGAUAUGCGUGCUGAUUGGGCGAGCAAGCAACAGGUGAGGGCCGAGAAGGCGAACACUGAAAAGGGCGUUGGUGGAGGUGAGGGUGUGCUUGCUGAUGAUGAUGAUGCGUUUGAGGAUGAGUAUAAUGAGGAUAUGCAUCGGUAUUUCAAGGAUGGGCCUGGGGGUGUCAAGAUGCCCAAAGCAGAGAUGUCGACAGCGAGCGGUAGCGAGAUGUCGAAUGAGAAGAGCGAUGAUGAUGCAGUGGCUGUAGCACCUGCUAAAUGA